AUGAAAAAGCUCAUUCUUUCUUCAUCAGCAAUCAACACAUGUGGUUCUUUUAUGGUGAAGCAUACGUUCUUCUAUCAGGAUCAUGUUCGUGCUGCAUCUUACUUGUUGAAACCGGAACAGCUCUCUACUACGUCUUCAUAUUUUAACAAAUUUCUCACGUCCACUCAAGAAGAGUUGUUCGGGAUGAGAAAUUUCUCUACAGCUCGAACCAUUUUGAUUGACUCCAAUAGAGAUGAUAAUUAUCAUCAAAAUAAUAACAAAACAAAAGGAAAACUCGGAUAUACAUCCAAUAAUGAUGAAUCACGGAAACUCAGAGAUCGUACUGAACAUGAACGAAAGAAAGUUCCUCCCCAACAUUACACCCAUCAAAAAUUGCAAGAUAAUUGGCCAAUGUUCAAGGAAGAACAAUUCGGAAAAGAUGACAUUCGAUUCAAUAACGCAAAUAGAAAUAGAUCGAGGCGUCAUCAUCAAGGUCAUCAAUUUAAUAGAAUGCACAACAAGCCACAACAAGAACGAAACAAAUCUGAGGUAGAGACAUCAGUGGAGAAUGAAGUUUCUUCUAUGGUGUCCAAACUUCUUUCACGGGCAAAUGUCGAACAAACAUCAGUGGUUAAGUAUAAGGAAUGGAAAUAUCCAACAUUCACCAUGAAAUGCCCUGACAACUUUGACUUUACGUUUGCGUCAACAAAUGAGAAUGAGACCACUUUAAUGGCAACACCUUUAGAAGAAGAAAAGGUAGAAAAGUUUAAAUCCUUCAUGUUCAAUUAUGUGAAAAAGAAUUCGAAUUUUAAAUCCAAGAGCACAUCUAUGAAUUAUGAAUUUUUGUUCGACAUAUUCUGCUUAGAAUUGCUAGAGCGAGCCAAAACUCACCCAGAAAUUGCAACUCUAGUCGACGAAGUUCUCAAAUUUCAUCCUGAAAAAAUUGUUAGGAGAAACCAAAAAACCGCUGACACUUCUGUAUUCUCUAACGUGCUUAAUAACGAAUUCAUGCUUUAUGAUUUUAACAAAAUCACCGAGAUAGCAUUGGGAAACAGUAAUUUUUCAACAGAGUUUUCCAAAUGGUUCAACAGUUUCAUACAGCAAAGAUAUCCUUCUGACUUUAAAUUAUACGUAGAGGCUCUUCGCUGCUGUGACAUGACUAACCCAUUUAAAUUUUACAAGAACUCGAUACCUUUCGGAAGAAAGGUGAUAUAUCACCUAGGACCAACAAACUCCGGAAAAACCCAUGCUGCCCUUACUGCUUUAUCCGCUGCUGAAAAUGGGGUUUAUUGCGGACCUUUGAGAUUACUUGCCCAAGAGGUUUUCACAAAGAUGAACACAAAAUAUGGAUGUAAAUGUAAUCUAUUAACAGGUCAAGAAAAAAGAAUAAUUCCUGGAGCAAAUCAUGUUGCAUGUACAGUUGAAAUGGCAGAUUUAAAUGAAAUUUAUGAUGUUGCCGUAAUUGAUGAAAUUCAAAUGAUUGAGGAUAAUCAACGAGGUUCUGCUUGGACAAGAGCUCUUUUAGGUUUGAAAGCAAGAGAAAUUCAUGUAUGUGGUGAUGGAAGUGCGUUGGAGAUUGUCAAGAACUUGGUUUUUGGUGAUAGCACCAAAUCAUCCGAAGAUACUGGUAUUGAAGUUAUUGAGGUUGACAAUCCUAAUCACAUUCCAACAGAAGAUGAAACGGCCACAGGAGAAAAUCUUUAUCACUAUCAUCAGCCGGUUGCAGCUGACAAGCUUCUCUACUUUUCAAAGCCAGGAGUAUCAGACACUUUAGAAGUGGUACCAUAUACUCGAAUGAAGCCGUUAGAAAUUUGCUCAGAAUCAUUACAUGGAGACGUGAAGAACAUUAGAGAUUUUGAUUGCAUUGUUACCUUCUCCAGGAACGAAAUUUAUGAAAUCAAGAAACUAAUUGAAGUGAAUACCGGUAUUAAGUGCUGUGUUAUUUAUGGAGCGUUACCUCCUGAAGUACGUACUGAUCAGGCAGAACUGUUUAAUGAAAGCGCUGAUAAAGAACAAGAUGAAUUUGGCAAUAGGGACUACUCGGUACUAGUUGCUAGUGAUGCCGUUGGUAUGGGACUUAACUUGAAUAUUAAGCGGGUCAUAUUCUACAAAAUGACUAAAUAUGACAAUACCAAACAAUCAACUUCUCCUCUUGAACCAUCUUUGGUGAAGCAAAUUGCAGGAAGAGCUGGACGUAGAGGUUUUCACGAGCAUGGACAGGUCACAACCUUUUUUGACUCUGAUUUAGAGUACCUUCAUCAGUGCAUGAACGCACCAAACACACCCAUUGAACAAGCUGGAAUAUUUCCUGAGUGGUCUCAAAUCGAACAAUUCGCAAAGGUUUACAAAAAUCUUCCGGAUAAUGAUGAAGGGUGCGGAAUUUCUAUCAGAGACGUGUUGGAAAAAUUCUUUUCUUUGAGCAAAAUCCACAAAAACUUUUUCUUUUGUGAUGUUCAACAGGCAUUAGAAUUGGCAGCUGCAAUUGAUGAGGCUGGUCCCAACAUUACACUGAAACAAAAAUUUGAUUUUGUGAAUGCUCCAGUUCCUGGUUUUGAUAGAGCUAAAGAGAUGCAUAUACGUUAUGUUGAAGAUUUUUCCAAUCCAAAAAUUGCAACUGUUCCAUUACAUAUUGACUUGGGAAAUAUUUUAAGGAUUUUGGAUAAAAUUCGAGAAAAAUCAAAAACUGAGACAAAAAUUCAAAACACUUACAAUUCAGUUGGUAUUUACCUUCAAGAGGCUUUGAAAAACAUUGAAUUUUAUCACAGAAUGAUUGACUUGUAUAUGUGGCUAGCGAACAAAUACCCAUUGAGAUUUGAUAAGGAUGCUGCAGAACAAGCAAGAGAGGUUUUGAUGAGUGAAUUAACAGAGUCCCUUUUCAAUCAAACAGAGGAGAACAAGAAACUAAAAUCCAUUGGCAUGCUUAAAGAAAAUGCUCCAAGAGCAUUCGAGUAUGUCUCUUUCAAGAGAACCAAUCAACAGCAACCCCUCGAUCCAAGUUUACAAGGCCUUAAACGUGUCAUGAUUGGCGGAAAAGAGUACUUGAGAAAGAAUCAAUACCAAGUAUUGACCCUCGAUGGAAAACAAACAAGAGACAUUGUCGAUGUCAUGGCUGACAGUCUUGGAAAAGAUGAUGAGUAA